UUCCACAGUGUAUCUAAUAAAUUACAAAAUUUCUCACAAUUUACAAUAAUUUUUGACAUAAUAUAUUUAUUUCAUAUUUGUUUCUAAAUGUCGUAAUAAAAUAUUACGGCACUAAAUCGGUGAAGGACGAAAACUGAAUGAAGAAAAUAAACAAAAUGGAAACGUCAUCUGUGCUCUGUUGUGAUUCUUGAAGUAAUCAAAUAUUUUUUUCGUAAUAUUAAUGCAUUAAAGAAGUUCUACUUGUUGAUAAUAUAAUUGCAAUAAUUCUACGGCUUGUGUAGUGUUUAUCUAAUGCGACCACAAUAUGAAUUGGUUCGACACGUCGGGUUUGACGAGUUUAGCAAAAUCUGCACUAAAAGAAGCUCAGAAAACCAUCGAUAAAGCUCUAGAUAUACAGGAUGAAAGUAGUGAGGAGCAAGAGGACGAGCCUCCAUCUCAUAGCGGUACAGCGGGAGGCAAAUCUUCGCCAGGUAACAGCAAUACGCCCUCCAAAGAUAAUUCUGAUUUCUUUUCUUCUUGGGGCCUAACUGUCAGCGCUGAGAGUACCAAAGAUGAGCCAAUUAAAGAACAGCCCGUGGUCACUGAGAGUCCUUCCAAAUCUACGUCGCAAAGCGUAUGGGGCUCUUUUGCGGGGUCAUUUUUUGAACAACCUAAGAGUGGUGAUGGUUCUACUAUUAUUCAACCACCAAAAGCAAAGUCUAUGAAUUUAAUAUCUGAUAGUAAGUACGACAGUCAAGAUGACUUGUUCUCUAAAAGCCAGCUUGUUAUGUCCGAUGGUGGGGACGGGUUAGAGUCUAAAUUUAAAAGUAGUAAAGAUGAAAUGUUCUCCAAAGAUGAAGAUAGACGUAACUCAACAAAGUCGAAUAGAUUGUCUCUCGUGUCGAGCAGGAAUAGUUCAGAUUCUGUGGAGGUACUUUCACAGAGUUUGAAGACAACUCCUGAUUCAGAAGCAGUGUCAUGUCAAUCUAUGUCCCACAGUAGCAGUACUGGAACAAAACACAAUUCAGAAUCUGUUGAAGUGUUGCCAGACAGCCUCCUCAGCCCGAGUUCUAUUGAGUGCCUUGGUUUUGACAGUUCUCCCUCAAACUUGUCCCCUGUUGGUGACGUUAGUGACAAGAAGUCCACUCCUGUCGGUGAUAGAACGGAAAGACCCGAAACUGCUGAUAGUGUAAGUUUGGUGGCUGAUGACGAUGAAGAUACAAUGUCUUACAAUUCAAUUUCGGAAUGCACAGCCCCCACUGUUUUAGAUACUGAGGAGAAACCUGUGAGCCCCUUCCAAAAGACCACAAGAACUGAACCUAGAAGAGGAAUAGACAAAGACUUUAUACAUUUGGACCAAUCUGUUGUACCUUACAAAAUGCAAGUGAGUGAAAACUCUUCCAAUGAUGGUUCAUGGUCUGAUCGGACGUUGAAUGCUGACAAUGAUAGCAUCAUACUAGACACUGCAAUUGAAGAACAGAAAAAAGAACAUGAACAAGAGGACAUAUUGAUUGAGAAGUUGAGUGACUCAUCUUCUUUCUAUGAUGUAAAAGUUACAGACAUGUUGAGGUCAGAAAGUUCAGUAUUUGUUAAUGUUGAGAAACAGCAGUGCUCCACUGAUAGCAAUGAGUCUUCACAAAAAGAGAGCAGCGUUAAAGAGAGAACUUCACCAAUAAGUUCAGAUAGUAAGAGUGAUCUAGUCAAGAUUGGUUCAGAUAGGACAUCAGGGCACACAUCAGGGGAUGAGCUAGAGACAGCUACGUCAUCAGAUAUAGAAAUUAUACCUAGUCCAAAUGGAGAUAAUGGACAUGGCUUCUGCAGGAACAGCCCAGGCAAGUAUGCCUUUAAGCAGUCUACUUCCCCUAACCUUGUGGACUUGGUUCUGGGAAAAUCCCUGGCUUCCAAAGUUCGUGGACACAAUAGAGAAUUAUCAGAAGCGUCUGUACAGAGUAACACUAGUGAUGAGAGUCAGGGAUCAGAAAAUGAUCGUUUGAUGAGGCGGCUGUGUGAAAUGGCAGAAAUUUUGGAGGCAAGGGAGAACAAGCUCAUGGAAGUGAGUAGAAGUAAUGCUGAACUGGCUGAGAAUAAUGCUGACUUGAAGACGCAGGUGGAAUCUUUGAUGGCGAAACAUGAAGGUGGUGAUAUCAACUUGAUAACAGAGGAUUAUACCCAGAGAAUGUCAGCACUGGAAAAGAAAUUUCAGCAAGCCAUUAGGGAAAAGGAUCAACUCAGAAAACAGCUAGACACAUUAAAAUCUGAGUCUUCAUCAAGAAAAAACUCAUCAGAACUUGAGAAUACACUGAAGGAGAAAGAUGAUGUGAUAGCUCAACUGCAAGAAGAGGGCGAGAAGCUGGCGAGGCAACAACUGCAGCAUUCAAAUAUAAUCAAGAAGUUGAGGGCUAAGGAGAAGGACAACGAGCAAGUCAUUAAAAGUCUUAGAGACAAGGUAGCGGACCAAACUGCCGAGAUGGACAGGCUGAAGCGAUCUAUGGCCGCCAAGGAAGAGCUAGAAGUAAAUCAAAUAGAGGCAGUGUACAACCUCACCACCGCCAAUAAGAAAUUGGAGAUAGAUUUAAUCGAGACACGGGGCACCUUGGAGGACACGCAGGCGCGGCUGGAGAGCUGCCGCGCGGCGCUGGAGGCGGCGCGGCGCGAGCUGGCCGAGCUGCAGCGCGGCGCCGCCGACGCCGCGCGCCGCGCCGCCCGCGCCGACCGCCUGCAGCGCGACGCCGACCACGCGCGCCGCGACGCCGACCAAGCUGCCGCCGAUCUACGCCAGCUGCGCGCUGAUUUGCAGCGAGAGGAGAAGAAGUGGGUGUCGCGCGAGGAGGCGCUGCGGGCUCAGGUGCGCGAGGCUCGCGAGCACGCGGCGGCGCUGGCGGCGAGCGGCGCGGCGAGCGGCGCGGCGGGCGGCGGCGAGGCGGCCGGCGCGCUGCUGCAGCAGCUGGCGGCGCUGCAGCGCGGCGCGCUGGACCGCGAGCGCGCGCACCGCGCCGCCAGCGCCGCGCACGCGCAGCGCCUCGCGGAGGCGGAGGCGCGCGCGGCCAAGGCGCUGGAGAGCGAGCGCGUGUCGCGAGAGGACGCCGCCGCCGCGCGCCAGCAGCUGGCCGCCGCCGCCGACCACGCCCACACCCUGCACAAUAAAUGCGAAGAACUAGAGAAGCUGAAAGCGGAGAAGGAGGCUGCUCUAGCGGAUUUGCAGCGGCGGCUCGAGGAAGCGGAUCGUGCUGUAGAGGACGAGCGGCGCCAGCGCGCUGCGCUGCAGCACGACCACAGCGCGCUGCAGCGCGAGCGGGACGCACUCGAGGCCGAGCGCAGCAGGCACGCUGUCCUACAAGAGCAAAUGUCGACGCGUGGCGAUAUUUCGCCGCCGCAUUCCGUUGCUUCUGAUUCGUUGUCUAACUCCUUGUGGAAUAUGACAGCGGUGGUGUGUGCGCAGGAGGAGGAGGGCGGCGUGGGAGGUGGCAGCGUGGGUGGUGGCGCGGUGGGCGAGGAGCAGGCGCUGGCGGCGCUGACGCGGCGCGCGGGCGAGGCGCGGCAGCUGGCCGCCGCGCACGCGCGCCUCGCCGCCGAGCGCGACCAGCUGCGCCGCCUCGCCGCGCGCCUGCACGCGCGCCUCGACCACUACCAGAGCGUCCAGGAGCAAUACGACGCGCUGCUGCAGAUGUACGGCGAGAAGGAAGAACAAAUGGAGGAGCUUAAACUCGAUCUACAGGACGUGACGCAGCUGUACAAGGCGCAGCUGGACGAGCUGAUCGCACUGAAGCAGAAGGUCGGCUCUCGAUAGCGGCUGAAGCCGUGCUACCGCUGCACCGCGCGCUUCUGGCUGUGACUCGACCUCGUACUGGCUCCAGGACACAACACUGCAAGUCGAUCAUACCUGCUCGAUCGUAAAUUCAUGUUGUAUGUAGCAGCUAUUGUAUAAACAAUUACGUGUACGUAGCUUUUUGAUCGGCUCCAAAAAUUCUCAUUUCAAUUAUAUUU